AUGGCAAGUAACGAUAAUAACGGUAACAUUACGCAAACACAACAUUUAUCUUCACAAACUUUUGCACAACCUACUACUUUCAAUGGCACAAACGAAAACGCUAAAAGUUGGUGGAAACGAUUAGAAAACUGGUUAAUUUUAAACAAUUUAUUAACGCUAAACGACCAAGACGAGAUCCCAGACGAUUACAAACAAAACAUGUCUAAGAUUCUCUCUGUUCUUUCCCUCCUAUUCCAAGGAACGGCAGGACAAUGGUUCGAUUCGUUGGAUAGACAAGCUAGAUGUUCUUGCAACCAUUUAAAAAAAACAUUUCUUGCAAAAUAUCAGCCGGAAGAUCUUCGUUGGAAAAGUCUUAGUGACAUCUGGUCCAUUAGACAAGGUAAACGUGAAACAGUUGAUCAUUAUCUUUUCCGCAUGCAUAAUCUUGCAACAAAUGCUGCAAUGAAUAAAAAUGAUGUAGCUUAUUACUUCGCCGUUCGACAAGGACCGCGAGAAGAUAUAAAAAGGGUGUAA